AUGCGUUGUGAGUUUAUGUAUGCAGGCUGUAUACGUAAAUCAAAGGUAUCUGCAAAGUAUGGAAACGGGAUGGCGUAUGGGUCGAUGUCGAAUGUGAUAGUGACUGAUGAGAGAAGGGUGUUGGAUGUGAUUUAUCUUGAUGGAGAGGUGAAUGCUUUAGAAAGUGAGCAUGGGAUGCUAGUAGUUGGAGACUGUAAAGGAAACGGAUACGUAAUAGAUAAUAAGAGAAGCAUAGUGAACAAAUGUGAGUUUGGGGAUUGUAUAGUUGCUGUUGGAGUGGUUGAUGCAGUUCGAGUGAUGUUUUGUACGAUGCUUAUGAGUUAUGUUUAUGAUGUUACCUUGGCAGAGGUAAAAUACAGCAUUGUGAAUCGAUGGAUUCCGACAUGUGUGACAUCAUUGAAUGGGAAUGUUUUUGUUGGAUGCAGAGAUGGGCGGGUGAUUAUUCUUGAUGGGAGCGAUCGGUUUGAUGUUGUAGGAGAAGUUAAUGCGCAUAAUGACAGCGUGCAGGAUAUAAAAUCCAAAGUGAUUGAUGGGAAGGGACAUAUCAGUACUGCAUCACAGGAUGAGACAGUGAAGAUCUGGGGAGUGAAUGCACAAGGAAAGAGCAUUAAGCAUAUUCAGACUUUGAAUGGACACAGUGACUGGGUUUUUGGGCUUUUUUGGAAGGAGGAUGGAGAUUUAUUGAGUAGCUCUGGGGAUUGUUCGAUAGUUCAUUGGAAGAGGCAGGGAGUGUGGAUGAAUGAGAUGAGAUAUGGUGGAGAGAAGAUGUUCCUGAAUGUUUUAAUGAUUGGGCAGUUUGUGAUUGGGCAAUCGUACACGGGUGGGUUUUACAAGUUUGGAGAUGAGCUUGAGGAGUUUGUUUCAGGGCACACAGAUGAGGUGCGAUCGAUUGAUUGGAAGGAGUCAUUUAUACUUACAGGAUCGUUUGAUAUGACGUCAAGAAUAUUCUACAGAGGCAUGGAGGUGGGAAGACCACAGACACAUGGAUAUGGAGUGACAGCAGCAAGGUUUUUGAAUAUUAAUGACUUCAGUAUUGUCAGCUGUGCUCAGGAGACGAUACUUCGUGUGUAUGAGCCAACGCAAGUGUUUUACAUGUGCUGUGUUUAUGCAGAAAGCAAAGAUGAGGAUGUGUCUGAUUUAGUUGCAGGAUUAUGUGUUGAGAAUAAUGGAAAAGAUGUAGGAGGUAAAAAUAGCAAGGCUAGAGAGACUGUAUUGAAUGAAAGGAUGAGUGUGGGGGAUUUCUUUGAAAAUGUUGAUGAACUGAAGAUGUCAGCGGUUCGUGCUGAGUUGUCUUUGACUAACGAGGUAGUUCCUGAGUUUGAAUUUGAGUGUUUGAAUGAGCAAGUGUUAUCUGUGAGUGUGUUUAAUGAGAUCAAGAAGGUUUAUGGGCAUUAUUUUGAUGUUAGUGAUGUUGCGGUGAGCGAGCGCUUUAUUGUUUCAUGCAAUAGAUCUCUUCUUAAGAAAUACUCUGGAAUUUUUGUGUGGAACAGGCAGUUUGAAAAGAUGAAGUAUAUUGAGGAGCAUGAUUAUGGAAUAGAGAGGCUGAAGUUUUCAUGGGAUGGAAGAUAUCUUGCAGCAGCUUCUAAGGAUAAAAGUGUAUCUGUUUAUGUGGUUGAAGACGAAAUAAAAAUGAUUAGAAGGUUGAAGGAUCACAAAAGAGUGGUCUGGGACUGCGCGUUUAGUAGAGACUCGAAGUACCUUGCAACAUGUUCUCGUGACAAAUGUGUGAUUGUUUAUGCGAUGCCUGAUAUUGAGAAACGAUGGAGCAUGAAAUUUGAUUGUGAGGUGACUUCUGUGUGUUUUUCACCGGUGCUAGAUGUGUUGGUUGCAGGCCUUGAGUCUGGAGAGGUUAUGGAGGUUGAUGUAUGUGAGAGUGGAAUGAGUAUGCUGAGUAGGAAGAAGGAGCAUAGUAGGAAGGUGAAUGUGGUGAUGUUUAAUCGUAACGGAUCCAGAUGUGCAACGGGAGGUGCAGAUGGGCUUGUGAAAGAGUUUGUGAUUGAUUGA